AUGAAGAAAGCUAAUUUACCCAUUGAAACGGCUCAUGAACCUGAAGAAGAAGCGCAUCAACCAUCGUCAAAAAUUAUGCCUCCCGUACAAAUAAAUGAAGAAGAACGAAGUGAUAUCAAUGAUAGUGAAAAAUCUGAAUUUCAAAGCAGCAGUAUUAACGGUAUUCUAAGUCAGCUUCCACCAGGCUUAUCUCAACGUGAACGGCUUCAAUGGCUUCAAAAGAAGCGUACUGUAGGGUUAUGGGUCCAGUGCGAUGAUUGUGAUCGCUGGCGAUAUCUGCCUGACGUGCUGGAUAGCCAUGAACUGCCUAAUAAGUGGUACUGUAGCAUGAAUCCUGACACAAGCGUAAACCGAUGCUCUGCACCGGAGAGCCCCAUAGAGUUGCGCUCGGCGGAGGACCUCAUACACAGCGCGUACGCGGCGGGCUCGCUGGUGGCGGCGCGCGCGCGCGGCUGGCCGUGGUGGCCCGCCAUGGUGGACGACUGCCCCGACACCGAGCAGUACUACUGGCUCGACGGCUUCUCUGACAUACCCACUCACUACAACGUAGUUUUUUUCGACUCAUCUGAAGUUACAAGAGCAUGGUUGCCUCCUUCUCAACUCAAACCGUAUUCUCAAACUAAGGACUUAAUAAAAUCUGCAUUAAAAACAAAAAGCUAUAGGAAGCGUCUAGAAGUUGCCAUAUCACAGGCUAACGACGCUGAAAAUCUUUCUUUGGAAGCUCGUUUAAAAAAAUACAGCUUUAUUACAAGAUACAAAGGAAUCAUUGCCAGUCCGAAGAAAAUAAAUGUAAAGCUUUUAAAAAAGUUCCAAAACCAAUUCAAAAGAAAGUUCAAUAUUGACUUACCUGAGGAAUUUUCAGAUUCCGACAGUGAAAUGAGUCCAACACAGAAGCAUAAAAAUAUGAUUGUAUUAGGAAAUAAGAAGAAGAAAAAUGGAGGAAAUUCUAAAACUCAA